CCGUUCUAUUAUACAAUUGUAACGGUGAUGACACCACCAAUAAUGUUUAAAAACCUUUAAAUUAUUGUAUUUUUUUUUAAUAAAAAAAUUUAAAGAAACUUUAAAUGCGUUUUUCUAAAAAAUCUAAGUUUUUACUCCCUAUUUACAAAGAUGUGCAACAGCUUUUGUUGCAUUUAAAAAAUUCAUUAAGUGUCUCCAUCAUAGUCGGAGAAACGGGUAGCGGUAAAAGUACACAGAUUCCUCAGCUUUUGUAUGAGCAUGGAUUUAUAAAAACUGAUGAGACCAUAGUUAUUUCUCAGCCAAGAAGGGUUGCUGCAAUGAGUUUAGCUUCCCGAGUUGCCGAAGAGAUGAAUAGUAGAUUAGGAGACCUGGUUGGUUAUUCGGUCAGGUUUGAAGAUUGUUUUUCUUCCCGUACCAAGAUUAAGUACGUCACAGAUGGUUGCUUACUGCGGGAUUUUUUAAGAAAACAAUUUAAACAAUAUGAAGUUGUUGUACUAGAUGAAGCGCAUGAACGAAGUUUAGAAACUGACAUUUUGUUUGGACUUGUCAAAGAAAAGUUUUCUAGCCCAUCUUUGCAAAAAGGACGCAGGGAGGGCCCAUUGAUAAUUGUUAUGAGCGCCACUCUCGACGUGGACAAGUUCUCAUCCUUUUUUAAAAGCGAUGUGUAUCGCAUUCCUGGAUCACUUUUCCCCGUUGAGUUGGUCUAUUGCAAUCUUCUUGGUGGAAAGGAGUUUGAGCUAGGUCCUCCUACUUACUUGGGCCAUGCGGUGGACACUGUGCUUGCAAUACACCGCCAGCAGGGCCCCGGCGACAUCCUCUUGUUUCUGACCGGGCAGGCCGAAAUCGAAAAGGUGUGUGACGCGCUUUAUAACGCUUCGGAAAAGUUAGAUUAUCAUUUCGAUGUUUCCGACUCUUCCAUAAAAGGAAUAGCAAUAUUUCCGUUGUAUGCCUUGCUUCCCCCCGAAGCCCAGCGGGCUGCCUUUUCGAAGAUGGUACCAGGCAUUAGAAAAGUCGUAGUAUCCACGAAUAUCGCGGCAACCUCCAUCACUAUAGACGGGAUCAAGUACGUGGUGGACUCAGGAUUUGUAAAGCAGAAUAUCUUUGACGCUUCUACUGGCCUGCAGUCACUUGCAGUUGUUCCCAUUUCCCACUCGGAGGCAAAGCAGAGAGCUGGGCGGGCUGGCCGUACAUCUCCUGGAAAGUGCUACCGUUUGUACAGGUGCGAAGAAGUUAUGAAUGGAUAUUUUCCCCCGACAACAGUCCCUGAGAUCCAAAGAUCGAGUUUGGCCAACGUCGUUUUGUUUCUUAAGCACUUCGGAGUGGAGGACGUUCUAUCUUUCAGCUUUAUUGAUCCUCCUCCUAAAAAAAACCUUAUCGAGGCUCUAAAAGCUUUGGUAGUCUUAGACGCCCUCGACCCAGAGACAGGAAAACUUACCCAGUAUGGCACAAAAAUGGUUCACUUUCCGAUGAUUCCCGAAAUGUCGAAAGUUUUGCUGGAAGCAGCAGCUUCAAACUGCCUGGACGAAAUGACGACUAUUGUGGGGUGCCUCUCUGUGGAACGAAUUUUCUAUAGCCACAAAAACGUUGAUAUAAUGCGGACCCGCAGGGACCAAUUAUAUGCUGAAAAUAAAGAACCAUUGGCUGUAGUUGAUGAUGCGACCUGCUUGCUUAUUUUGUUCGAGCGCUGCUGGAGUUCUCAGCGCCCUUCGCAGUUCUGCAAAGACUAUGGUGUGUUCUAUCCGGCAGUGCUGGAUGCUCGGCGCAUAAAAGCACAGCUUUGCGAGAUCUUCCGCACACAGAACAAACCACUGAGCAGUUGCCGCAGUCUGCCUUCCAAGGGCCACAUGAUUUUAACCGAAAGGGCGAGCAUAAUUCUCCGGCAGUGUUUUUGUGCGGGCUACUUCGGACGGGCUGGCAGGCUAGUUAAAGGGCGCUCGUACCUUCGCACGAUGGAGGCACUCUUUUAUUACAAUACUGUAUAUUAUCGCUGCAGAUCGUUUUUAAAGGGUCGUGGAAAUGUUGUUUUUGUUCAUCCGAACUCGUUGUUUUUCGGCAGAGAAAGUGAACUCGAUUGGUGUGUGUUUUUAAAAUUGUGGGUCACCAGCAAAGUCUUUAUUGAAAAUAUUGUCAAGAUUGAGUAUAAAUGGAUAGAAAAUCUUCUUUCGAGGAUACACUUGUUUAAUGAAGACAAUUUAAGUACCUCCGGAACUUUUGUUAGAAAACUAGUUGAAAGUCAGGAAAAAAUAGCUUUAAUGCGAAGCAGUUACGAAGCGAGUGAAAAGGUUAUAGAAAGUAUUAACUAUAAAAGAAAAACUUCGGAGGAAGAUAUUAAACUGGCAAGAGUGAAAUAUUUGAAAAGGAAAAAGAAAUCAACAGGCUAAUUGUUUCAACAUGUCACUUAUAAUAAUAAAAGCAUAACUAAAUUCUAAAAA